UAAACCUUAUCGCAACCACAGAUGCUGCACGAGCUAAUAUGGAUCCCGAGUACUCCAAAGCGUCAACAAGUGUCUUCAAGAAAUGUUCGGCAAUUUGGAAUAAGCAAGGACAGUCUGUACGUGCAGCCGAUAUUGUUAAAAGCUACUGUGGUAUCUACUUAACACGACCUGUGGCGACGCGGUGGAACUCUUAUCACGAAGCGCUCGAGUGUAUUCUUCGAUUAGUCAACGAGGGUAAAGACAUCAAUGGACUGUGCCGAGCCUUGAACGUCCCAGUGUUCCAACGAGGCGAUGACUUCAAAUUUAUUGAAGAAUACUGCACAGUGAUGAGCCCACUGUGUGCUGCACUGGAUAUUCUCCAGGGGGACAAGUACAUAUUCCUCGGAUAUCUCCUUCCGACCAUAACAGUAUUGAUAAGAAGACUAGAAUACGAGGGCAUGAAGGGGCUCAAAUUCUGCAGGCCUUUGGUGACUGCGGUCCUUGAUGGGAUUCAGAAAAGGUUUGGCCAUCUGAUGGAGGACAAAGAGCUCCUCCUCGCUGCAGCCGUCCUUCCCCGUUUUAAACUCUCGUGGUUGAAGGACGUGACUCAGCACGCGGCUGUCAUGGAUAUGCUAAGAAGGGAGAUCGCAAAUAAUUCUGCAGCGAAACCCCGCCACACCCCCGUCGUAGUCACGAGACCUCGUGCUGACGAUUUUUUUGCGUUCGGCGACGCAGUAAGUGCCUCAGAAUCCACAGCAUGUACGGAAGACGACGAGCUCACGGAGUACCUGCGGAUUCCUGAGGAUUACGACAUUUCGAAGAUGAAAACUGAUUUUCCUCGUGUACAGGGGCUCUUCCUGCGAGUAAAUACCGCGGUGCCCUCAAGCGCAUCAGUUGAACGGCUGUUCAGCACAGCGGCAGAUGUGUUCACAAGAAAGCGCACAAAGCUCACGGAUGUCAACUUUGAAAAACAAUUGCUACUAAAAUGCAACGCAACCUGAUACAAUGCAGAAAAUAAAAUGUGCGUGUUUUUAUGUA